GAGACUGGAGCCACUGGAUCCGCGCGAGAAGGCAAAUUUGGGCAGCCAGGUCGCCUGAUGAUCGAAGUAAUGUUUGUGCGUGCCGUAGGAAAAACACCACAAAACACAUGUGGAUUUUGACAUCACCUCGCAUCCAGACACGGAUACAGAGGGACCACACAGUAACAUCACCAAACUGGAUUCACGUGUCAUUGAAUUAAUUCAAUGUCAUAAUGGACAGGUUGCAUUCAUCCAUGCGUAAAAGGCUCUACAGUUUGCCACAGCACGAACAGAAAGCUUCGAUCAUGGGUGAUGCAGAAGACACAGACAAGGACACCCGGAGGAAGAGUAUCCGUAUGAAACCCCUGCCGUCGCCCACCUCGACAGGCAUCGCGGAGACCAAAAGCGUAGAGUCCGUGGAUAUGGAGACGGACAUCGGGAGAGCCGUGAAAACCAGCUCCAACGGGGAUUGCCGGAGGUUCCGAGGCAGCCUUUCAUCGAUCACCAGUCGGCACGUCCAUGACUCGGAUGCAGCGGAGGAGAAACGUCUGAUCACGGAGGGAGAAGUGACUCCGAGCGAGGAGAGCCCAACUGGAGCCGCGGGCGGCGGCGCGGAGCCGGGAGAGAAAGGCAGCGCAGGUGAUGAUGCCCGCGUCCCCCCGAUUCCCGAUCAGCAAGGGGGCUUUAUAAAGGUGGAGGGUAUCGAACAGAUUUUACCGGACGAUGAGAGAUAUUAUCAAGCUGGCUUCAUGCAGAGGCAGUUAAGCGCGAUGCUUCAGCCCGGGGUCAACAAGUUUUCCCUGCGGAUGUUCGGGAGCGAGAAGGCUGUGGAACGGGAACAGGAGCGCGUCAAAUCCGCCGGUUUCUGGAUUAUUCACCCCUACAGUGAUUUCAGGUUUUACUGGGAUCUGACCAUGCUGCUGCUGAUGGUGGGAAAUCUGAUCAUCAUUCCUGUGGGCAUCACCUUCUUCAAAGACGAGCACACGCCUCCUUGGAUCGUGUUUAACGUGGUCUCUGACACCUUCUUCCUACUGGACCUGGUGCUGAACUUCCGUACCGGGAUAGUAAAGGAGGAUAAUGCCGAGAUCAUUUUGGACCCUCAGCAAAUUAAGAUCAAAUAUCUGCGCUCGUGGUUUGUGGUGGACUUUAUCUCCUCCAUCCCCGUGGACUACAUCUUUCUCAUCGUGGAGACAAGGAUCGAUUCGGAUUUCUACAAGACGGCACGGGCCCUGCGGAUCGUGCGCUUCACGAAGAUCCUCAGCUUGCUUAGACUUCUGCGGCUCUCGCGCUUGAUACGCUACAUACAUCAGUGGGAGGAGAUCUUUCACAUGACCUAUGACCUGGCCAGUGCAAUGGUGCGAAUUGUCAACCUGAUAGGAAUGAUGCUGUUGUUGUGUCACUGGGAUGGAUGUCUGCAGUUUCUGGUGCCCAUGUUGCAAGACUUUCCUGCUGACUGCUGGGUCUCCAAGAACAAGAUGGUGAACGACACGUGGGGUCAUCAGUACUCGUAUGCCCUCUUCAAGGCCAUGAGUCACAUGCUGUGUAUCGGUUAUGGCAUGUAUCCUCCCGUCGGCAUGACAGACGUGUGGCUGACCAUCCUCAGUAUGAUAGUGGGUGCGACUUGCUACGCCAUGUUUGUUGGUCACGCCACGGCGCUGAUUCAGUCUCUGGACUCCUCACGCAGACAAUACCAAGAGAAGUAUAAACAGGUGGAGCAGUACAUGUCCUUCCAUAAGCUUCCUGCUGACAUGAGACAGAGGAUUCAUGAUUAUUAUGAGCACAGAUAUCAGGGCAAGAUGUUUGAUGAGGAGAGCAUUCUGGGAGAACUCAAUGAACCCUUGAGACAGGAGAUUGUCAACUUUAACUGCAGGAAGUUGGUGGCGUCCAUGCCGCUGUUCGCCAAUGCGGAUCCUAAUUUUGUGACGUCGAUGCUUACCAAACUUCGCUUCGAGGUCUUCCAGCCUGGAGAUUACAUCAUUCGAGAGGGAACCAUCGGGAAGAAGAUGUACUUCAUUCAGCACGGUGUGGUCAGCGUUCUCACCAAAGGAAACAAUGAGACCAAACUGUCUGAUGGAUCGUACUUUGGAGAGAUCUGUCUGUUAACCCGAGGCAGACGCACAGCUAGUGUUCGGGCAGACACAUACUGUCGUCUCUAUUCUCUAUCUGUGGAUAACUUCAAUGAAGUCCUGGAGGAAUAUCCAAUGAUGAGAAGAGCGUUUGAGACCGUCGCUGUCGAUCGAUUAGAUCGUAUCGGUAAGAAGAACUCUAUACUUCAGCACAAGGUCCAGCACGACUUGAGUUCAGGACUUCUGAAUUAUCAGGAGAGUGAAAUCAUUCAGCAGAUCGUACAGCACGAUCGACACAUGGCACACAGCAGUGAUCUGCUGCAGACCUCCUCUCCACCUGCUCCUCCAUCACCAACCCCGGUCAUCUGGGCUCCUCUGAUCCAAGCACCUUUACAGGCGGCCGCCGCCACCACGUCCGUCGCCCUCGCCCUUACCCAUCACCCUCAUCUGCCUUCGGCACUCUUCCGGCCACCCAUUUCUGUCCUAGGGUCAAGGGAAGAGCCGACCAGACGGUCAAAUAGGUUUCGGUCGUCCGUACCGAGGCCGGAAGACCCUGGAGACUCUCCGUUUGGCUCUCCUUCCAAGCCCCGGACCGAGGCCGAAAGCCCUCUUCUGCCCACCCUCCGGACGCGUCAUCUAUCAGGUGCCACUUCAUUGAACAAUAACAGCCAGCAGGUUUGCGGUAGCAGCACUCAGUCUGGGCACAAUGGGGCGUCUUUAUUUCCUUUUGGGAGUUUCUCAUCGUCCACCACAUCCAGCACAGCACAGCUUCAUUCGCAGCCCAGACCGAAGCAGUCCGUUCUUCCCAGCACCCCUCCGCCGUCAGGACACCUCCAGAAAGAUGGAGCACUUGGGGACUCUUCCGGCGAGCUCGCUCUCACAACCACAACAUCACCAAAUAACAGCCUUCUUUCCACAGACUUAUUCAAUCACGGACUAUUACACGGACAAUCGCCGUCAAAAUCCAUUCACAUGCAGCAUUUCACUGGCGGAGGGGUAAAGACUAAAACAACUGGAUCCCCUUCUUCUAGUCGAGCCCAGGUUUAUGAUAGUUCUCAGACUUUGCAAUCCAGAAAUGUAGAAAAGUCAGCAUUAGCCUCGCUGGCUCAAUAUGGCUCAGCUAACGUCUCACCUUGUUAUACCCCGGUAGUUCCCAGUCCAACCAUACAGAGUCCUGUAAUGGGGAGGACUUUCCUCUACAGUGACCCGUCCAGUACUGACGGAUCUCACACUUCUCUUCUGUUACCUCAGUCCUCGUGUCCCGGUCAGCUCCCGGGACAUCACGCCACAGGGACGGACUCUCCAUUGAGACGCUUUUAUGAAGAUUUAAAUAUACUGUCCAGUUCUCAUCCGUCUUUAGCUUUAGCGACGGGUCCGUCUUCUCCCCGCUCCAUUGUGGAGUCCGGUCACUGCCUUUCCCCGUAUUCAUCGCCAACGCUAACGGCCAAGCCCUGUAGCUCGGUGUCAGGUCACAUGACUCCACCCGGUUCACGAGCUCAGGUUCCUUCUGUAGGGACUUCACCGGCACUUUCUCUCCCGUCUGAACUCGAACCGUCUCGCUCGAAACUUCCAUCUAAUUUGUGA